UACAGUAUGUCUCGAAACCUCUGAACACAAACAUGGAGUCUUUCCCUCUCCUUCAGCAACUUCUCUGGAUCUCCCUUCUGUGUUCUGCCGACUUCUAUGUAUCUGGUCAGAACUGCAGAGGGAGGGAGCCAGUCAUCGAUCCUCCUGCUCUUGUGGUGAAGUACGGAAGUCCAGCCACAGCAACCUGCCGCACUGAGUACAAUACUACCAGGAUGAGCUGGGAGGCAACAAUGGGAGCUUCAAGCAAAGAGAACACACAGCAGCUGGUCUGGAGUGUGGACAGUGUGACUGACUGGUCACUGAAGGAUGGCAUAUUAUGGUUAGCCAUCUAUGAAUAUGAACCCUGUACGACUCAUCUACCCAUCACCAUUUAUAAAAUUCCAGAGAAUGUAGACCUUGUUAUACAUAAUGCUGGUCCACUGGUGGAGGAACACACAUACUGGCUGGAGUGUGAGGUUAAGAGUGUGGCUCCAGUUAACAACCUCACCGUCAUCUGGUUCAGAGGGGACAGCAAGCUGGAACAGUCAGACUUCACUCAGUUCAAUAUUGAGGGCGACGGAGAUCAGAACGUCACUGUGAGGGCUAAUCUGAGUAUCAUAGCUUCCAGAGAGGACAACAGAGCCUCCUACAGCUGUGCUGCCCAACUGGAUCUUGAGAACACAACAGACACCACCUCUAAUAUCGUCUAGCUGGAAGUAUUCUGUAGGUCUUGUAUUAUUUGUGAACACAAGAGAUAGGAGAGAUUGGGGACAGGUGUAACACAGGUGUAAGUCCACUAUUGGGGACAAUGAAAAUAUGGAUGUCAACAGUAAGUGGACCUUUUAGUAACCCUUCCACAAGGGUUAACUCCAACAUGUUUCUAUUUUCCCCUGAAAUACAUGUUGCAUUUCAAUGUAAGAGACAAACCCAGAUUAGUGAGCCUCAACCAAAAUGUGAGCUUAACAGAGGGGGACCGUCUGGAGUUGAACUGCACUGCUGAUGCCAACCCCAGCCCCACAUAUGAGUGGAGACGCGACAACAAGACUCUGGAGAACAACAGCAGCAGCAGCACUCUCCUCAUCGAGUCUGUAGAGAUGGACAGUGCUGGUGUCUAUGAGUGCAUUGUCAGCAACACUCAGGGGAAAGUCUCUGUAAAGAUAAGAGUGGAUGUCAGGAACAACCCGAGGGGAAUCAUAAUAGACAACCCAAGGACAAUCAUAAUAGACACACCGAGGGCAAUCAUGAUAGGUGUGGUGGUCGUAGCGCUGGUCGUGUUCCUGGUUUUAGUGGUUCUGAUCAGGAGGAAGCACUGCAAAAGAAAUGAGCCCCACCAAUGAGAGCCCCUCCAUGUGAAAUGAAAUCAGCAGAAGCAGGAGAAGAGCCUCCGAUCACACUCAAGGUCCCAAAAUCAUGUCUGGCCAUGAUACUGCAUACCUUGUGAGAAUUUGCAUAUUUUUUUAAAUGUUUAAUAAUCUUAUUCAUAUAACCACUGCUCCCUGAAUGCAAGGAAAUGGGAUACAACAUGGAUAAGAGAUAAUGCUUAAUUGGACCGAAAUAAUUGACACAGUUGAAUCAUAUGAGCAUUGUAUGUGUUUUCUUGGAUAUGUAUGUACAUAUCUUGGUAUGCCAUUAUAUACAUUACACAGGGUUCCCACGGGUCAUGGAAUUUCUGGGAUGUCAUGGAAUUUCUAAGUAUAUUCCAGGCAUGGAAAUCAGGCAUUGAAAAUGAUCAUUUUUGGGUCAAAGUCAUAGAAUAUCAGGGAAUUUUGUUGUAGCAGUUUAAAAUGUGCUAGACUAGGCGGCGGUCAUAUUUCGUACUGCUCUGUGCUACAUCUAGUUUAGCUCCAAUGUAGUCAUGUUACAAUUUGCAAAAUUCUACUCCAAGGAGCAAAACACCUCCACAGAUUUGCAUAGCAUAACACACAAUGUCUGCCUCACCCUUUUUGCAAAACAUUACACACAGUGAUUUGUAAAACUCUACACACAUUUUCACACCUUAUGGCCUCCUUA